UGUGUUAACCUUGAUAUUAACAUGCAGUUUUGUUUUGGUUGCGUGUCAAUAAAAACAAGUUUUAAGAAUAUAAUAUGAAGCAGUUGAAGUGAUACAUUCGAAAGUGUUGGACCAGAGUAGAACUACAGAACUAAAGUAAUAAAAUGUUUGUGUUGGUGUUAUUUACAAUUAUUGUGGCAUUAUUUGUGGUGAAGAAGUUCCUCAACGAUCAGAAAUAUGCUGAUUUUUAUAAGAUUAAAGGCCCGAAGACUUUACCAUUAAUUGGAAAUGCACAUUUGUUUGGAUUUUCGCCGUCACCAAAAGAUGUUUUUGAGCUACAAUUGAAAUUGGCAAAAGAACACGGUGAGUUUUUCCGUUUGGUUAUGGGCCCUGAGAAGGUUUUGGUUAUUUCAAGGCCAGAACAUAUCGAAGUGAUUUUAAGCUCAACGCGACACAUUAAAAAGUCGGAGAAUUAUAACUUGUUGAUUAAAUGGUUAGGCAAUGGCCUAAUUAAUAGCAGCGGUAACUACUGGAGAAAACAUCGCAAAAUCAUCACGCCAACAUUCCACUUCAAGUGUCUCCAAGAUUACUCAGAAUUCAUGGCCAAAAAUUUAAACAUUCUCAUCGAAAUUCUCAAAACAAAACAGUCGAAAGUUAUUAAUAUUGAUCAUUUUAUCAAACUAUAUGCUCUGGAUUCUAUUUGUGAUAGCGCGAUGCGUCACAGUAUCAACGCGCAAGCAAACGAAGAGCAUUCGUACGUGCGCGCCCUCAAGGGCUACUUGGAUAUCCACAUGACGCGCUUCUUUUCCGUCCUACUGCGCGCGCCCAUCGUGUUCAACAAUAGCGCGCUGGGGCGGCGGCAGGACGAGCACAUCGACUGCAUGAAAUCGUUCACGAACCAAGUUAUCAAUUCGCGGAAAGCCGAACGUGCGACGCAUUCCAAAACCUCUACCACGAAUACUUCAAACAGCGACGAGUUUGAGGAACGCCCCAAGAGGUCGUUCCUUGACUUGCUGCUGGACAAGCAAGAUGAAGAGCAUGUGCUAUCUGAUGCCGAGAUACGCGAAGAAGUUUCUACAUUUAUGUUUGCAGGUCAUGAUACUGUCUCCUCGACCAUUGGUUUCUGCCUCUAUGAAUUAGCAAAACAUCCCGACGUACAAGCCGCGUUGGUAGAAGAAUCCUACACGGUAAUGCCCAGAGGAAAACAAGUCGAAGUGAACUGCGCCAAUAUCACAGCAUUAAAAUAUCUGGACCGUGUGGUUAAAGAGUGUAUGCGAAUCUAUACGACCGUACCGCUUAUCGAGCGCCAAAUCGAAGAGGACGUUGAGCUGGAAGGAUUGCGCAUCCCUGCAGGCACUACCAUACAGGUGAUGAUGUAUACGAUGCACAACAACGCCAAGUACUACCCGGACCCGGAAAAGUUCGACCCGGAGCGCUUCAGUACCGAAAACAGUCGCAAUCGACACGCGUAUGCUUAUAUUCCGUUCAGUGCCGGACCAAGGAACUGCAUAGGUUAUAAAUAUGGGCAAUUGAUGACCCGGGCCAGUGUGAUUAAUAUUCUACGCAACUUUAAAGUGAGUCUACCGGAAGGCGAGCAAUAUAAACCAGUACUUUACAACGACGCCAUUUUGCAAUCCAAGAAUGGCAUUAAUCUUAUCUUGGAAGUACGUGAAUAAUGUCCAAUGACUUUAUAUUUGUUACUAUUUCCCGUGAAUUUUCAAGUUUAAAUUUUUUUUAAAGAAAAUAAAACUUACAACUCUU